CAUGCGCAUGGCGAGCAUAAGCUACGGAAUCAAUACUGUACUUUGAACGUUAACAAGCUCAUCCUGCAGUCGGAAACAUAAACGAACGCAUUUCAUCUUUCGAGCAAGGGAGGUUUGAUCUGAAACUCCUGCCUCUCAGAAUUUACAGUGAAUUUACAAACAAAUGCGUGACUAAGCAAAGCGAGCUUGCUAGCUACAGCUAGCUGAGUAGUAAGACCUAAAUUCUGGUCAGUUCGCUAGCAGUGAUGAGCUUCUUUAGUUUUGGUCAGAGUGCGGAAAUUGAUGUGGUUCUGAAUGAUGCUGAAACGCGGAAGAAAGUGGAACACAAGACAGAGGAUGGGAAGAAGGACAAAUAUUUUCUGUUCUAUGAUGGUGAGACGGUGUCCGGAAAAGUCAAUGUAACACUGAAGAGUCCGGGGAAAAGACUUGAGCAUCAAGGCAUCAAGGUCGAAUUCAUUGGACAGAUCGAACUGUACUAUGACAGAGGGAACCACCACGAGUUUGUGUCCCUGGUGAAGGACCUGGCCCGGCCCGGUGAACUCACGCAGUCGCAGACGUUUGACUUUGAGUUCACGCACGUGGAAAAACCCUACGAGUCUUACACAGGGCAGAAUGUCAAACUGCGGUAUUUUUUACGGGCAACAAUCAGCAGGAGGAUGAAUGACAUCAGCAAAGAGACGGACAUUGUUGUGCACACGCUCAGUACAUACCCUGAGCUCAACUCCUCCAUUAAGAUGGAAGUGGGGAUCGAAGACUGUCUUCACAUUGAGUUUGAAUACAACAAAUCCAAGUAUCACCUGAAGGACGUCAUAGUUGGGAAGAUCUACUUCCUGUUGGUGCGGAUUAAGAUAAAGCACAUGGAGAUCGGCAUCAUCAAGCGGGAAACGACAGGCACGGGUCCCAACGUUUACCACGAAAACGACACCAUUGCCAAAUACGAGAUUAUGGAUGGAGCGCCAGUGAGAGGAGAAUCGAUCCCAAUCCGGCUGUUCCUGGCGGGUUACGAGAUGACCCCGACCAUGAGGGACAUCAAUAAGAAGUUCUCAGUGCGCUACUACCUCAACCUGGUGCUGAUCGACGAGGAGGAGAGACGCUACUUCAAACAGCAGGAGAUCACGCUAUGGCGGAAAGGGGAUGUUGUGAGGAAGAGCAUGUCCCACCAGGCUAGCAUAGCGUCGCAGCGCUUCGAGGGCCAGCCCAGCGCUGAGAAGCCACCGGCCCAGGCCAAAGGGGACAGCAAUUAACACCCUGUCCCCCCACCUUCCCCAACACCACCGCCCCCCCCCCUCCUCCCUCCCCUCCAAGAAACAAGAGACUUUAUCUGUGUGCUUGUGUGUGUGAGCGUGCAUGAGCGUGCACAGAUGUGCUCUGGAAGGUCAAUGUGAGGGCUCUGUGGCCCCCAGUGUUUUUCCUCUUUUUUAAACAUAUCUACUACAUAAAGGGAUAGGCCUGUACAGGAGAGAAGACCACAGGAUACUCUGUGAAAGGAGAAACCAAGCAGCAUUUCCCGUCUCACUGCCUUUUGUGAUUAAAUCUGUAUAGAAGUGAUUGAGCUGCGACAUUUCACCCCCCCCCCCCCCCCCGUGAACCAGCACUGUGUACCUUCGUGUCCAGCAGUGACUACGCCGCCUCUCUCCCUCGUGAAGCAGUGUUUUUAGGGUGCCAUCGCUUCAUUUCACACAAACGCAACCCUGAUCAGAAGGGAAAAUGUAAAGACUCUUCAGAUUCAGGCUAUUCAGGCUUUUAGGCCUCGAUAUGCAAAUGAGGGUAGGAUUCAAAUUUUUUUGGAGUUUAAAGGGCAGUUUACAGUUCCGUGAUGUAUGAUUGAUGUCACCAUCGGCUAUCACAUUGAUUUCAUGGUCGGUUGCAAUGACUUUUGGUUUAUACAAGAGUGAAGGACGAUUUGCCGUUGUCGCUAUGACAGUUACGUCAAUCGCCAAGCCUUGAAGUGUACUGAACUUUGACACUGCUGCUGGCUCAGAUAUACAUUAUACAACGUUCUAGUCUUGUUCAAAACAAUUAUCUUUAGCACGAAGUGCAGACAGAGAUGGUCUUAGCAGACUAGUCACGUGUAAACAUUAGCCAUAACACACAUAGAAAUGAUCAGUAGCUACAAUUAGCAAGUCUUCCAUUCAUUGUGAAUGGCUGCGCUAUGGAUUAUGGGCAAAGUACAACAGAUGCUGUAAAAUGCAGACGUAGCACCACAGGUAGAGUUACGCAGUCAUCCAUUGCAUCUGCUGACGUACUGUAUCUUUUAUCAAUAGGGCCACCAUGUGACCCAAUGGUUAUCCUCCAGGGGUCCCCAUAGGCACUCCCACGGCACAGUCAAGUGACUAAUUGUGCAGUUGACUUUAUAAUAAAAACAAUGAGCUGAUAUAAUAUGGGGAGAGUCAGGAAGUAAAGUGAACAUGGAUGGUAGUUUAAAUACUAUGAAAAGCAUGCCUUUCAGCUAGUGGUCCUCACUACUGGUGAUAGAGCCGCACGGUCUGGCUUUUGCAGUUACUCAGCACUUGAGUAGCACUGCAGUUGAUCAAAUAAAGCAGUUAAUUACACAAGUAACUCAGGUCACAUGGUUUCUUGGGUCUGAAUCUGUUCCUGCAGGCUCUGCAGGACCAGGAUUGAGUAUCACUGCAGUAAAAAUAAAAACGCAUCCAUACAAAACAGGGGUGUCCAAUUUUAUCUGAAAUGGGCUGGUGUGGCUGCAGGUUUUUGUUUUAGCCCAGCACUAAGACACUCUACUUAAAGUCGAUUUAAGACCAUGAUUAGCGCAUUCGAAAUUAUUUAUAAAUUAACUUUUUUGUGUAAGUAAAAUUUUAUAUUAUUUCAAUCUGGGCAUUUCUCACUGCUUCUAACAAAACCAUGCCCCUGUACAACAUUUAAAAACAAUGCAGCAUGUCCACAAUUACAGCAGUAAGUUAGCAAACUUAUUUAACAUGUAAGUGUCACUUGCAAACAUCGCUGUCAGUCAUCAUCUGUUCCUAAUUUGUGCCAGUUACUUAGAACUUCUUACCUGGAAGGUUAUUGAGGUGGUGCAAAUGGGAUGAUUGUUUGAGAAUGGGCUUGAUCAAGAAGCUAUGGCGACCCCUAGCUGGCGGAGGACUGAAGUACAAUGUGAGAAAACAAGGGAUGACAAAUUUGUGGCCCUACUUAUCAAACGAUCUCUGGUGCAAAUAACUCCACUACAGCAAUGCAUUCUAUUGUCGUUUAUGAUCGACAGCGUUCAGUGUCAACAAGGACAGAUGAUUGGAUGUUGGUGAACAUGUAGUGAUGUCCAUUGGCCAGUCAUACAUCGCCAAACUAUAAACUGCCCAUAAAAGGCUGUAGUCCCUGGUGUGAAGAAAAUAUUCCAUUAUUGGAUGACACAUUCAUUACAUUCCUUUUAGCCUCUUUCAAAAUGGUUGUUACAAGAAAUGUAACAAUUUUCCUCAUAAGCUAUGUAUUUUUUGCACUAAUAAAUAUAACUGUUUGUUGUCCACUUUAUAAAUAUAUAGGAUCUUUGUUUAACCUAACCACAUAGUGUAUUGUCCUUAAUAUCUUGUUAAGCAAGUGUAACCGUUUUGAACAUUUGUGUUUAAAUCUUACACAGUAACACUUGGUUCAUUUGUUCCUCAAACAUUUUUGUGUUGUGGUUAAAUCAAGUGGAGACUAUUCGUUUCUGAGGAAAUUUUUAUAAUGUUGAGUUUCAUGUUUUAUGAAGCAUCACAUGGUCUUAAUUUUCAUGGUUCAAAACAAAUUAAAGACUAAUAAUUCUG